UCAAUAAAAGUAUUAAUGGGGUGAAAAGACUGUAUGUGACUGUAGUAUCUUCAUUGCGCCUUUUCGCAGAAAUAAAUCUCUAUUUUGCAUCCGCCGCUCGCGUGUCUUUUACUUUGGUGAGCGCUUCCUACCGGAAACACGUCACGCCCCGAAUGAGCAGCAGGACCCCGAGAAGCAGCAAUGGUGGAUUGUGUUUUUCUCCAUGGUAAUGUAACUGCAGAGAGCUUUGAUAGCGAGAUGAGCUCCGCGGGGAUGUUCCAGACGCAGAUCUCCGCGAUCAUGAAGGCGGCCGCGGUGGAGAUCAGUCAGUUGCUGGAGGAAGAGGCUGCAGCUCUUCAUCAGGAGAUCCGGAGGAGGAACCAGGAGAUCCAGGGACUGAAGACUGAACUACUGAGAGUCACUGCAGAGAGAUGCUCUGUCGGCGUACAGGUGGAGCUCAUGGACACGAGUGUAACCGCUCAUUCGCGGGAAGCUCAGGCUGAUCAUCGCAGCCAGGAAAAGGUCGUUGUGAAGAAUCUCUCAGAGGAGAAACCUCACUUUACACAUGCGGCGGAUGUGAAUGCACAACUUUUGAAACAAGAAGAGUCUGUACCGCCGCUGAAGGAACCGGAGGAAGAGGAGCUCAGCGGACUGGAGUUUGAGAUGAAGAUCGAACAGGUGGAAGAACUUGUGGAUCAGACACUGGGUCAAGUUCAGGAAAAGCAGAAGUGUAAAGGACAAAACCACUGCCAUGACGGAAACUCUCGUUUAUGGUGUUCCGGGAAAGUGUUUGACCAUCCGGAAAAUCUUGUGGAGUCGGAACAACAUUCCCAGAGUUUUACAGAUCCAUAUGGGAUGGAGGAUCCGACGACCACGUCAACUCAGUCCGGUUUAUUGGCUGUUCUGCAGAACGAGAGCUUUGGCGUUGCAGACAUUGAGUAUGACUUGAAUCUUCAGGAUUCCCAUAGAAGCUCGCCCAGCACAAGCGAGUCUGAAUCGACGCCGUUCAACACACUCCCAUCCUCACAUUCAAGCUCGUGUUUGCCCAAAACGCUCCCACAGAGUCUGAAUGCCGGCAAGCACACAGAACCCAAACCCUUCCGAUGUGACGAGUGCGGGAAAGGCUUCCCACAGAGGGGGCGGCUCGUACAACACAAACUAGUGCACUCGAAAGAAAAACCUUUCAGGUGCGAGGAGUGCGGGAUACGCUUCACACAGAAGAAUCGGCUUUUAACACACAAAAAACAAGUGCACACAAACGAAAGACCCUUCCGAUGUGACGAGUGCGGGAAAGGCUUCCCACAGAGGGCUCGGCUGUUGACACACAAAAAACGAGUGCACACAAACGAAAGACCUUUCCGAUGUGAGGAGUGCGGGAAAGGGUUCGUACUCAGGGGGCGGCUGUUAACACACAAACUAGUGCACUCGAAAGAAAAACCCUUCAGAUGUGACGAGUGCGGGAGGAGCUUCACAGAAAGGAAGCGUCUUUUAACACACAAGCUAGUGCACACGGGCGAGAAACCCUUCCGCUGUCAGGUGUGCGGCAAUACCUUCUCCAGACAGGACAGCUGUCUCAGACACAUGCGCUUGCACAGAAGACAGAGAUGAUGAACACAACCACUCAAAGUGAGAUUUCUUAGAACUGUAACUUUGUUGAUAUUAGCUUCUGUUGCAUAACGUCAUUAAGGCCUCGUGGCGAUCAGGACGAUGCCGAGGGCCGUGAGAGAAUGGUACCGAAACACGGUGCCAAUAGGGAACAGGUUCCAACGUAAACGGUAGUAACCAGACCGAAUAAGAAUGGAAAUUUCGGU